CUUGUGCUCUCGAAACUCUUUGCAAACGACACUCUCGUGUGUCUCAUUCUCUCGCGAUCUCUCGUUCGGACAAAGAUGGGUACGUUCGAAAGUACAGCGUACUAACGAAUGAAAUAAAUAAAUGAAGAAGAAAAGAGUACCAUUUCGUUCGAAUGAUUUCAGUUUUGUAAAGUUAAAAGAAGAUGCUCCGAUAUGAUGAUCAUUGUCGAUCGUUUCAAAUAAUCAAGUCGAAUAUCUCUGGUUCAUGCUACGAGUAGUAACAAUUGUUAGAUUGCUAAAUGUCUAAAUGUUCUUUUGUUUUUUUUUUUUUUUCGAAUAUUCAAUUCGUUUCUUGUGAAAGUAUAUCGGUACGAGAACGAUCGUUUUGAAUCGUCGCGUGAAUUUUACAGAAGACGAGAGCAACAAAAGCAGACGAUCUUCCGCGUCUGAGAAAGCCAAGGAGAUGGAGGCGAUAAAUGGGCUAGUUUCCGGCAAGAACGUGCUCAUCACUGGCGGCGCUGCCGGUCUGGGGAACGCGUUUAUGAACCACUUUCUGAAACACGGCGCGAACAGAAUAACCAUAUUGGAUAUCGACCAAGAGACGGGAAAGCGAGUAGAAUUGAGCGUAGAGAAAUCCUACGGGAUGAAGAAGGUUCACUUCAUUCACGUCGAUGUCUCCAACUACGAACUUAUGGCUGCGGCUUUCGAGGAGGCAACGAAUUUAAUGAACGAUAUUGAUAUUAUUGUUAAUAACGCUGGCACCUUGGACGAACGACGAUGGGAAAGAGAAAUAGCAGUGAACAUUGGAGGGAUGAUGUGUACCGCGUUACUGGCUAUCAAAUAUUUGAGCAGAGACCAACUUGGACACGGAGGAACUUUAGUGAAUAUCAGUCAACACAUAGACAUUAGAAGCACGGCUCAACUUCCGAUUUACACGGCCACCAAACACGCUGUUAUUGGCCUUUCACAAUCCUUAGCAGACUCUUACCAAUACGAGAAGACUGGUAUUCGUGUGAUAACUCUGUGUCCUGGCCUGACAGAAACUGCCCUCACAGUGAACAGCCCAAACAGAUUACUCUCCCGAGUUAUGAAGGCGGAUUUCGUAAAAAACCUCGAACAACUGUCGAUACAAACUCCGUACGUGGUGGCUCAGGGUCUAAUGUCGAUACUGAGAGUCGCAGAAUCCGGCACCAUAUGGGUGAUCGAGAACGGUCGGACCCCGUACGAAGUUUAUGUGCCAAAUCCACGUAGCUUGCGGCGUACUUACAAAAACAAUUUCACGCUAGUCGAGACCAAGGUAACUACAAGAGGUCGCCCAAUUAGAGAAGUCUGUGACAAUACACGAACAGGUCUGAUGAGUUGUGCUUGACGAUGCGAUGGCGGAACAUGAUCUUCCGCGUUCUUCAAGAAACUCUAAAGAUUGGCAUCGCUACAGUGUUCAGUCGUUUUGCUCGAAAGAAUCCCUUCGCAGCCACUACACGUGGGAGAAGAAUUCGUCGAAGGUCGGCGAAAGCGAUCGGAUCGAGUCGUUUUUCGAUCACUUGAAAUGCUGUUGGGGAAAAAGGUUUCAAGCUGCACGGUGCUUGAUAUUUGUUAGUUUCAUUAGAUACAAUAUUAAGUAUUUAUACAGAUAAUGCACGCGUAUAUACACGAUGUUUUGUACAUAAAAUCAACCGUGACCGCGAUUUAAGAAUUCUUUCAAAUAAUUGCAAUUGUUGGCAAGAAUGAUAUGGAUUUAUUAUACGACCAAGUCUCUUUUUUAUUUCUUAAAUCUUUGUUCAGUAAUGUCAAUUUACAAGUGCUUUCUUAUUUUAUCAUUUUUUUCUCUUUUUUUAUUUUUUCUUUUUUUUUAUUUUUUUUUUUUUGACAAGCAAGUCGAUAUGAAAAAACGCAAUGAUAAUUGACAAAUAUUCCAUGAAUAAGUCUCCACGAAGUAAUUAGUGGGCUUAAAGAGUACAACAAACAUUAUUUUAUUACUUCAGUAUUAUUCAGCAUUGGGACUCACAUCAUAUCCGCUGUACAAAACAAAAAUUCAUCAUCAGAAAAUCGCAUAUACCGUGCAUUUCUUUACACGCGCAAUGCAUAAAACUUAAAAGUUAUAUUUCUUUUUUCCCCCAUAUAUUCCUUCCUAUUUUACUUAUCUUUAUUCAUAUAUGCUUUAUAAUUUUUUUUUUUCUUUUUUUUUGUAGUUUUACUUUACUUUGCAACUUUACUGA